AUGGUGUCGAUUACCAGUACAGAUAAUAACCCGCAACAACCGCUGCUGGCAAGUGGUAACGUCUCUCAGGGGCAACACUACAAUGCGGCGGAUAACGAGACUUCUGCAUCAGAUCGGCCCUGGCAACCCAGUGAACCUUCGACGUUCAAACGCAGCCUCGGCGUCAUCGAUGCCUUCGGUAUAGUGAUAAGCAUAGUCAUUGGAAGUGGCGUCUUUACCUCCCCGGGCGCCAUCGAUACCAAUGUUCCUUCGCCAGGCGUGGCAUUAGUGAUUUGGGUUCUCGGAGGAGUGCUCGCCUGGACGGGAGCCAGCACGUUGGCGGAGCUCGGGACCGCCAUCCCUGGUGAAGGGGGCGUCCAGCCAUACCUCCAGUACAUCUUCGGUGACGUCUUUGGCUUUUUGGCCGCCUGGACGUGGAUUGUUGCCGUGAUGCCUGCGACUCUCGCAAUAUUGAGCAUUGUGUUUGUGGAAAGCAUAUACUCUGCGAUAGGGACGACGACCCAGAGCCGCGGACUGGAGCACAAGUUCUUCUCAGUCUUGGUCCUGGCUGUCAUGACCGGCGCCAACUCUAUUAGUACAAGGGCGAGCACACGGCUCAACGGCUUCUUCGUAUUGACGAAAUUCAUCAGCAUCCUUGCCAUCGCCGUUGCCGGGCUGGCGGUCAUAGUCUUGCAAGUCUCCGACCCGCAAAGGGAUAUUGGAGGGCGAGAUUGGUUUCAGAAACCGUGGUUUGGAAAUCGCGACACGAUCGAUCCAGACGGCCACGAGAUCCGAUGGUCGACUUUGAGCUCGUGGGAGAUUCUCGGUCAUCUAUCCGCUGCUUUGUACGGCGCUUUAUGGGCGUACUCGGGCUGGGACAAGGCGAUAUACGUCUCGGAGGAACUAUCCUCUCCCGUUCGUCAACUGCCUCUAUCAAUAAACUUGGCGAUACCGACUGUAAUUCUCAGCUUCUUAAUUGCCAAUGCUGGUUACUAUAUCCUAUUGCCCUGGGAUGUGGUUUCAACUACCGACAGCGUCGCGGUGACCUCUAUUGCUAGGCUUUUGGGGCCGACAGCUGGUAUUGUAGCGGCAAUCCUAAUCUGCCUUGUCGUCGCCGGGUCACUCCUGGGCAAUUCCUUCGUCGCAAGUAGAAUGAUCGUGGCAGCUGGCAAGCGAAAUUGGUUUCCGCGCAUCUUCACCUUGGUAGGACGUGUCGGUGUCGCCAGCCCGAGUGACGAGACGAAUCCGGACAACGCCAGGGACGAGGAUGGAGACGAGUCAGACGCUCCGGUCAACGCUCUCAUAUUGUCAGCCAUUCUUUCCACGCUGUACAUCCUGCUGGGAGAUUUCCGUGCGCUCCUCCUUUUCAAUGGUCUUGGGGAGUAUUCCUUUUUCUUCCUCACAGUCGUCGGCGUCAUCGUCUUGCGGUAUCGGGAGCCGAAUCUACAUCGACCCUACAAGCCAUCGAUCCUUAUUCCUACCAUUUUUGCUUUGGUAAGCGGCUUCGUAGUCGCAAGAGGCUCCAUCUUUGCACCAACACAAGCCGGAGUACUGGCCAUUCUUUGGGCUUUGGGGCUGGGACUCUACAAAGGUUGGGUGGCAUCAUAG